AUGGAGCGCCGCGUAAGAGUCAAGUCUUGGGUAGAAGAGAAUCGGGCCUCCUUCCAGCCCCCGGUUUGCAACAAGCUUAUGCACCAGGGGCAGCUCAAAGUCAUGUUCGUUGGAGGCCCCAAUACCAGGAAGGAUUAUCACAUCGAGGAGGGUGAGGAGGUAUUUUACCAGCUGGAGGGAGACAUGGUCCUCCAAGUCCUGGAGCAAGGCAAACACAGGGAUGUGGUCAUUCGUCAGGGAGAGAUAUUCCUCCUGCCUGCCAGAGUACCCCACUCCCCACAGAGGUUUGCCAACACCAUGGGGCUGGUGAUUGAGAGGAGGCGGCUGGAGAGCGAGCUGGAUGGCCUGAGGUACUAUGUUGGGGACACUGUGAAUGUCCUCUUCGAGAAAUGGUUCUACUGCGAGGACCUUGGAACACAGUUGGCCCCCAUCAUCCAAGAGUUCUUCCGCUCUGAGCAGUACCGAACAGGAAAGCCUGACCCUGGCCAGCUGCUCAAGGAACCACCAUUCCCGAUGAAUACUCGAUCUGUCAUGGAGCCCAUGUCACUGAAGGCAUGGCUGGAUGGCCACUCCAGGGAGCUUCAGGCAGGCACAUCCCUCAGCCUGUUUGGGGACACCUAUGAGACCCAGGUCAUCGCCCAUGGACAAGGUAGCAGCCAAGGCCCAAGAAAGGAUGUGGACGUGUGGCUGUGGCAGCUGGAGGGCUCUUCUACGGUGACAAUGGGCGGACAGCGUGUGGCCCUGACCCCAGACGACAGCCUGCUGGUGCCCGCUGGAACCUCGUACACGUGGGAGCGAGCGCGAGGCUCCGUGGCCUUGUCUGUGACACAGGACCCUGCCUGUAAGAAGCCAUUGCGGUGA